AUGGCAUCGAUUUGGGACAACUUCGACAUAGAAAAAAUAUCGAACGCUAGGUUUAAGCAGGAUUACAUAAGCCCAGUAACUGAAGGGGAUCAACUAAUUGUGGGGAUUGAGGAAGAAUAUACUAGUACUGAAAUUGAGUAUUGGAAGAAUGUAGUAGUGUGCUAUGUUCUUGGAGCACAUCCACCAUUCUCGGUACUCAAUGGCUACAUUCAAAGGCAAUGGGGGAAGCUGGGAAUAAGUAAAAUAGCCAUGUUAAAAAAUGGAAUUGUACUGGUCAGGUUUGACAGUGUAGAAGGGAAAAAUGAGGUGUUACAAGGUGGCGUUUAUCAUUUUGACAACAAACCAUUGAUUGUCAAAGCUUGGAACCCUGACAUGGAGAAGCUUGGAACCCUGACAUGGAGUUCUCAGGAGAGGAAUUAUACUCAGUACCCAUAUGGAUCAAACUGCCAGGAUUGGAUUUUUAAGUACUGGAAUGCAAAAGGGCUUAGUAAGAUUGGAAGUCUUGUGGGUAAACCACUAAUGGUUGAUAAAAAUACUGAGAAGAAGUUAGGUUUGAACUUUGCUAAGCUGCUAGUAGAAGUCAAAAUUGGCAGCAAGUUACCAGAUGUGAUAUAUUUUAAGAAUGAAAGGGGAAAUAUAAUAGAGCAACAGGUUACAUAUGAUUGGAAACCUUAUGUAUGUACUAUCUGUCAAAAUUAUGGGCACUCAGCUGAAGAAUGUAGGAGAAACAAAGCUAAAAUACCACAAGAGAAGCCAACUCCUGUAAUACCAGAGGAAAAAUCAAAUGAGGAAGUAGUGACAGAGCAGUUAGAUGGAAGGGAUAAAAGGAAAGAGCAGCCUGAUGGGAGAGAUAAGGGGGGGAAAUGUUAA